CCUAUACUUGAUUUUUAAUGAAAACAUUCUUAGCAAUAAAUUCAUAUGGUUAACCCAAAUUUAUUUUCUGUAGGCAUAACAUCAAAAACACCUGGCAGGAUUGCCCCACUCCCAGCACUGUCUAUUUCUCCCCUAAUAUCAGUGGGACUCCACUGAUGCACAGUUGUGAUCUACUAAAACUUCUCUCAAAACUUCCUCCUCUCCUUAGGUCAGUAGCCCCGCCCCUGAUCUAUUUGGAAAUCCCCUGAAUAAAAGUUGAAUAUCAUAAACCAAAGCCAACACCCAGAAAUUCAAAUUCAACCCGUAGGUAAAAAAUUUCUGAAGUGACUGUAGACGUAGAUGUCUCCAGUGUCGCCUCACUAAUAAAGUAGAAGAGGCCAGUGCGAUACUGUCUUUAUACCCUUAACUUGGGUGCUAGAAUAUUUAUCUUCGUCAUCAUUUUAUCAUCCAAACUAUUUUGCAUAACUUUCAUGGGUGCAGAAAUUGUUUCUUAAGUGCUUGGUAAAAUUAAUAGUGAUAUUCAUUCAUUUAUCUCACUGAACAGGCAAUAAAUUCCUUGAUGACAAGGGCCUUGGGGGGGCCACAUCUUCAUCUUUGGUUUAUGAGUCCUGUGCGUCUUCGUACAAGCAAUACUAGUAUGAGCCGGCAAGUCAGACUUAUUCGGUAGGGGACCAAAGGAAAGAACAUGUUUUGAUUGCUAAGAAAACAUUUUGUUCUCUAUCCUUUACUGGGCUGGCAGGCAGGCAAAGGGAAUGUUCUUAUGAGCACUCACACUGAAACCAAGUUUUUCAUCAAAUGCAGAAACUCUGAAGGCCACGCCGCUGCGGGCUGCCUCCACAAUCCGACCGUCUCGGCGGGCCACGAGAUCCUGGCCACGGACGCGGUGGCUGCGCCUCUGCUCGCACGUUCCCCCGGCCUCUGGACUCCCUCCCUCCCUCAAUCCCUCCCUCCGGCGGGCGUCGCUGGCGGGUGGCUAGGCCCAACGGCAGGAAGCCGCCGCUAUCCUCCGUUCUGCGGCGCCGGGUCCGCCUUCCGUCUGUUCUAGCGCCUGCUCCUGCGCGGCAGCUGCUUUGGAAGGUCUCAAGCCUCCUGUACCUUCCCAGGGAUGAACCGGGCCUUCCCUCUGGAAGGCGAGGGUUCGGGCCACAGUGAGCGAGGGCCAGGGCGGUGGGCGCGCGCUGAGGGAAACCGGAUCAGUUCAGAGAGAAUCAAAGUAGCGGAUGAGGCGCUUGUGGGGCGCGGCCCGGAAGCCCUCGGGCGCAGGCUGGGAGAAGGAGUGGGCGGAGGCGCCGCAGGAGGCUCCCGGGGCCUGGUCGGGCCGGUUCGGCCCCGGGCUCAGUGGAAGGAAGGGACGGGCGGUGCCCAGUUGGGCGUCCUGGCCAGCUCACCUUGCCCUGGCGGCUCGCCCCGCCCGGCACUUGGGAGGAGCAGGGCAGGGCCCGCGGGCUUUGGAUUCCGGCACCGCCCCCUUCCAUUCCCCGGCCAGCGACGAGCGGCAGCGACGGCUGGAGCCGCAGCUGCAGCAUGAGAGCCGGUGCCGCUCCUCCACGCCUGCGGACGCGUGGCGAGCGGAAGCAGCUCUGCCUGUUCGCGCCAUGGGGGCGCCGUGGGGCUCGCCGACGGCGGCGGCGGCGGGCUGGCGGCGCGGGUGGCGCAGAGGCCGGGGGCUGCCAAGGACCAUCUGGCUGCUGGCGGCCGCCGGCUUGACGUGUACAGCGCUGAUCACCUAUGCUUGCUGGGGGCAGCUGCCGCCGCUGCCCUGGGCGUCGCCAACCCCGCCGGGACCGGUGGGCGUGCUGCUGUGGUGGGAGCCCUUCGGGGGGCGCGGCAGCGCCCCGAGGCCGCCCCCCGACUGCCGGCUGCGCUUCAACAUCAGUGGCUGCCGCCUGCUCACCGACCGCGCGUCCUACGGAGAGGCUCAGGCCGUGCUUUUCCACCACCGCGACCUCGUGAAGGGACCCCCCGACUGGCCCCCGCCCCGGGGCGUCCAGGCGCUCACUGCCGAGGAGGUGGACCUGCGCGUGUUGGACUACGAGGAGGCAGCGGCGGCGGCAGAAGCCCUGGCGACCUCCAGCCCCAGGCCCCCGGGCCAGCGAUGGGUUUGGAUGAACUUCGAGUCGCCCUCGCACUCCCCGGGGCUGCGAAGCCUGGCAAGUAACCUCUUCAACUGGACGCUCUCCUACCGGGCGGACUCGGACGUCUUUGUGCCUUAUGGCUACCUCUACCCCAGAAGCCACCCCGGCGACCCGCCGUCAGGCCUGGCCCCGCCACUGUCCAGGAAACAGGGGCUGGUGGCAUGGGUGGUGAGCCACUGGGACGAGCGCCAGGCCCGGGUCCGCUACUACCAUCAGCUGAGCCAACAUGUGACUGUGGACGUGUUCGGCCGGGGCGGGCCCGGGCAGCCGGUGCCCGAAAUUGGGCUCCUGCACACAGUGGCCCGCUACAAGUUCUACCUGGCUUUCGAGAACUCACAGCACCUGGAUUAUAUCACCGAGAAGCUCUGGCGCAACGCGUUGCUCGCUGGGGCGGUGCCGGUGGUGCUAGGCCCAGACCGUGCCAACUACGAGCGCUUCGUGCCCCGUAGCGCCUUCAUCCACGUGGACGACUUCCCAAAUGCCUCCUCCCUGGCCUCGUACCUGCUUUUCCUCGACCGCAACCCCGCGGUCUAUCGCCGCUACUUCCACUGGCGCCGGAGCUACGCUGUCCACAUCACCUCCUUCUGGGACGAGCCUUGGUGCCGGGUGUGCCAGGCCGUACAGAGGGCUGGGGACCGGCCCAAGAGCAUACGGAACUUGGCCAGCUGGUUUGAGCGGUGAAGCCGCCCUCCCCUGGAAGCGACCCAGGGGAGGCCAAGUUGUCAGCUUUUGGAUCCUCUGCUGUGCAUCUCCUUGACUGCCGAAUCAUGGGAGUAAGUUCUUCAAACACCCAUUUUUGCUCUACGGGAAAAAAACGAUUUACCAAUUAAUAUUACUCAGCACAGAGAUGGGGGCCCGGUUUCCAUAUUUUUUGCACAGCUAGCAAUUGGGCUCCCUUUGCUGUUGAUGGGCAUCAUUGUUUAGGGGUGAGGGAGGGGGCUCUUCCUCACCUUGUAACCAGUGCAGAAAUGAAAUAGCUUAGCUGCAAGAAGCCGUUGAGGCGGUUUCUCUGAAUUUCCCCAUCUGCCACAGGCCAUAUUUGUGGCCCGUGCAGCCUCCAAAUCUCAUACACAACUGUUGCCGAUUCACGUUUUUCUGGACCAAGGUGAAGCAAAUUUCUGGUUGUAGAAGGAGCCUUGUUGGUGGAGAGUGGAAGGACUGUGGCUGCAGGUGGGACUUUGUUGUUUGGAUUCCUCACAGCCUUGGCUCCCUCACAGCCUUGGCUCCUGCGAAAAGGUGAGGAGGGCAGUCCAAGAGGGGCCGCUGACUUCUUUCACAAGUACUAUCUGUUCCCCUGUCCUGUGAAUGGAAGCAAAAUGCUGGAUUGUCCUUGGAGGAAAGUUAAGAUGAAUACAUGGGUGUACCUCACUUUACAUAAGAAAUAUAUUCCUGAAAAGCUGCAUUUAAAUCAAGUCCCAAAUUCAUUGACUUAGGGGAGUUCAGUAUUUAAUGAAACCCUAUGGAGAAUUUAUCCCUUUACAAUGUGAAUAGUCAUCUCCUAAUUUGUUUCUUCUGUCUUUAUGUUUUUCUAUAACCUGGAUUUUUUUAAAGCAUAUUAAAAUUACAGAUGUGAAAAUAAAGCAGAAGCAAACUUCUUCCCUCUUCGCAGAAAACCAGUCUGUGUUUACAGACAGAAGAGAAGGA